AUGGAUCCCCACAAGUCUCCACGAGUUGCAGACGAUAAUGUCAAAGAAAUGGCUGAAUUAGAUCCGCCUCUUUUUCGUCAGAGCUGUGCGAAUUGUGAAUUUUGCGAUGGUCUACGCGACAUGGACACGGGAGACAAACAAAUGCCUACCGAAGAUUCGAGGUUAUCCGCAACAGGCCUAUUUAAAUCACUAUCAUUUCUCGAUCGCUAUCUAGCCGUUUUUAUCCUCUUGGCUAUGAUUACCGGAGUGCUCAUCGGGGUGUACAAGGAAGAAGCAGUACAGCGUGCCUUUAGCGGCGCGUCGUGGCAAGGAACAUCCAUACCCAUCCUACUUGGACUUUUAAUCAUGAUGUGGCCCGUACUCACCAAGGUUCAGUACGAAAGGCUUCCUGCAAUUUUUAAUCGCCGAGACAUUUGGGUACAUAUUGGCAUAUCCCUUGUUCUCAAUUGGCUCAUCGCCCCUCUCAUUAUGCUCGGUUUGGCAUGGGCGACGUUACCUGAACCCGGGCUAGAGCGAGAACGAAAAGGUGUAAUCUUGGUUGGGGUGGCUCGUUGUAUAGCAAUGGUUCUUAUCUGGAAUGGAUUGGCGUGUGGAGACCCUGAAUACUGUGCUAUUCUAGUUUGCGUCAACUCUUUGUUGCAGGUAGUAUUAUUCUCUCCCUAUGCUCUACUCUUCUUAAAUGUUCUCGGGGGUGGACAUACCUCGGCACUGCAUUUGGACUAUCGGCACACGGCGGCAAGUGUAGGGAUUUACCUUGGAAUCCCACUCGCGGCAGGUGUUGUCACCCGGUUUGCAACGAAACAUACCCUAUCUCGUUCAGGAUUCGAUAGGUUCCUAAAGUUAUUUGGGCCAUUUGCUCUACUUGGAUUAUUGUAUACCAUUGUUGUUCUAUUUGCCUUCCAGGGGCAUCGCAUCGUCCAAAACAUAGGCUCGGUAUUCCGAAUUUUUGUCCCGCUUGUCCUGUAUUUCAUAAUUGUAUGGUCCUCCACUUUCUUCGGCUUGUACUUUCUCAACCGCCGGCGGGUGGGACCUAAUCUUGGGGGAUACGAAAAAGCAGUCGUCCAGUCUUUUACCGCAGGGUCAAAUAACUUUGAGCUUGCAAUUGCCGUUGCUAUCGCCAGCUUUGGGACCGAGUCACCUGAGGCUUUGGCCGCCACCAUUGGUCCUCUUGUAGAAGUUCCUGUACUUCUUGCUUUAACCUACGUUGCAUUAUGGUUGCGCAAGCGGCUUGAGUGGGACGAAAAAGGCCCCGGCGAAAUUUCCCUCGCGUAG